AUGAAACAGGCCAUCUUUAGUAGAGCAGAAGACGCUUCUGAGUAUCUUGCUAAUCAUAUCAUUGAUAAGAUCAAUGAAUUUAAUCCAAGUGCUUUAAAACCAUUUGUAUUAGGGUUACCAACUGGUUCAUCUCCAGAAGGGGUCUAUGCUAAGUUGAUUGAGGCUAACCGUCAAGGGAAAGUUAGUUUUCAGAAUGUUGUCACUUUCAAUAUGGAUGAAUAUAUUGGGUUAUCUCCAAGUCAUAAUCAAUCAUAUCAUUAUUUUAUGUAUGAUAAGUUUUUCAAUCAUAUCGAUAUUCCAAGACAAAAUAUCCAUAUUUUGAAUGGAUUGAGUAAAGACAUUGAAGCCGAAUGUGCAAACUACGAAGCUAAAAUCAAAUCAUUUGGUAGAAUCAAUUUAUUUAUGGGAGGUUUAGGACCCGAAGGUCAUCUUGCAUUUAAUGAAGCUGGUAGUAAACGAGAAUCUAGAACGAGAAAAGUUGAAUUGGUUAAGUCUACUAUCAAAGCCAAUUCAAGAUUUUUCAGCAAUGAUGAAUCAAAAGUACCAAAAUAUGCAUUAUCAGUUGGUAUAAGCACUAUAUUGGAUAAUUCUGAUGAAAUUGUUUUGAUUGUUUUAGGUGAACUGAAGAAAUUUGCCUUAGAUAAAACUAUUUGGGGUACAAAGAAUGAUUCUAACUAUCCAUCUCUGUAUUUACAAGACCAUUCUAAUGUUUUAAUUGUUUGUGAUCAUUCAGCUGCUGGAUUAAAAGCAAAAUUAUAA